UUGCUCCCUGGGACUUGCCUGACUUUUCCACCUCCUCCCACCCAGCUAAACCGCCCCCCCCACAACUCGCGACGCGGAUGGGACGGCGGAGGACCCAGCGAGCAUGCGCGACCAUCCCGAGCAUGCUCAGUAGUGCGCGCGGCGCCCCGGAGCUUCGGCCCAGAGCUGCGGCCGACGCGGAGGUUUCGGCGGCUUCUGUGGCCGUGACGGGAAGUGAGGUGGUCCGGCUGGGCGACCGCGGCGGCAGAAACAGAGGCGGAAGGGUCGCUGCGGCGACGACGUCGUCGACCCGGGUGACCGAGGGGGCUGAGCGCCGAGGGCACUCGCCCGCUCGGAAGCCGGAUCCCGAGCCGGGCAGGAUGGAUCAUCACCAGCCGGGGACUGGCCGCUACCAGGUGCUUCACAAUGAAGAGGAUAAUUCAGAAUCAUCUGCUGUAGAGCAGCCGUCAACUUCAAACCCAACACCACAGAAUGUGCAGGCCGCUCCUUCAGCAUCUGGACUUGAGACUGACUCUUCUCCUCCACCUUACAGCAGUAUUACUGUGGAAGUACCUACAACUUCGGAUACAGACGUUUACAGUGAGUUUUAUCCUGUGCCACCUCCUUACAGUGUUGCUACCUCUCUUCCUACGUAUGAUGAAGCUGAGAAGGCCAAAGCGGCUGCAAUGGCAGCUGCAGCAGCAGAAACAUCUCAAAGAAUUCAAGAGGAAGAGUGUCCAACAAGAGAUGACUUCAGUGAUGCAGACCAGCUCAGAGUGGGUAAUGAUGGGAUUUUCAUGCUGGCGUUUUUCAUGGCAUUUAUCUUCAACUGGCUUGGAUUUUGUUUAUCCUUCUGUAUCACCAAUACCAUAGCGGGAAGGUAUGGCGCCAUCUGUGGAUUUGGCCUUUCCUUGAUCAAAUGGAUCCUUAUUGUCAGGUUUUCUGAUUAUUUUACUGGAUAUUUCAAUGGACAGUAUUGGCUUUGGUGGAUAUUUCUUGUACUUGGCCUGCUGCUUUUCUUCAGAGGAUUUGUUAAUUAUCUAAAAGUCAGAAACAUGUCUGAAAGCAUGGCAGCUGCUCAUAGAACAAGAUAUUUCUUCUUAUUAUAGAGACUGCAUCGACCAGACACUCCUUUCUUAUAUCAAUGUGAAAUUUCCAGAUCGUCUGUAAACCUGCAACUUUAAUAAGAUAGAAGACUACUAAAAACAGAAGACAAAUUAGUGAAGAAAAGGUAGAGCUUCAAAACUGAAUGGCAGAGUGGUUUAUGCUUAAAAGCCGUUUCUGUUCAUUCUCUUAAAUAUUUAUAUUUCAUUUGUUUUGCACAGUUGCAUAUGUGCCCAUUUGAAAGAUUUGGGUAUACUUGAAAGAAACCGUAAAGUUGUAGCAGUAAAGUGCAGGCACAUUUGAUUAAUCAGUGUUUGAUAUAAUUGAAAGAGUUGAGUGAUAAACAGUCUUCCAGCAUGUAAAUGCCAUUGACUUCUGACCUGACAUUUAAUGUAAUAAAAAUGAAAUUAUUAACCAUGUCAAAUACUUUAGUUUCUGGCUCUUAGAUUUAUCUAGUAACUCUACACAUGAAACAUCCUUUGUUAUAUAUAAAGUUUUUUGAAACCUGCAGUGCUGAUUAUUAGGCUUUGUCAGAUUGUUGAACCAAUAUUUACAUCAUUAUUUAGCAAAACUUUCUGUAAAUAACCAUGCAUAAAUUACUUUCUGCAUUGUUUUAUUAGAAAUUGUGUCUAGAUAUCUCUUCAUUAAUUUUAAAUUAAGUGAACUUAAUAUAUAUAGAAAAUUUGGGUGUUUAAGAUAGUUUUAGGACAAAUUUUAAGAAAAUGUGGGUAUGCCACAUGUCCUUUAUAAGAAAAUCUUUUUUUUUUUUAAAGGGACAUGACAGUUUUAGGGUUUCUCAAAUGAGAAGCUUGGUUUUUAGCAUUGUUCAUCUUAGAGAUUCUUGCAGGAAGAGAUUGUAUUAGAUAUUAUAUUUAUUUCAUUUAAGACAUUUUUGAAAAUUAAUUUUCUGAAUAAGAUACUCUCAUUUGCAUUUUGUCUUUUAAAAAGCCAAUAAAAAGAGUCUUUCAA